AUGAAGGCCCUCACCAAGUCCACCUCGACCUCGGCUCUCCCGCGCAAUGUCUCGCCCGGCCCCGCGCGCUCCAUGCUGGGCCGCCCCGAGUCUGGCAUUCUCAACACUAUUCCCGACCCGCGCACCCCGAGUCCGAACAACCGACCGGGCUCGAGCUCAGAACGCCCCGAGACGCCGCGCCAUCCGGAUCUCAACGACGAGGUCGCGACCCUGAGCACCAAGCUGAUCAACGCCAUCAACCACCAGACGAACCUGGACGACAACCUCCAGCAGGCUCGCGGAGAGCUGGACAUGGCACGCCGGCGAAUUGAGCAAUUGGAGAACAAUGCAAGAGAACACGAGCGCGUGAUGCUGCGGAUGGUGAAGAAGGAGGACUACGACCACCUGGAGAUGACUUUGCGGAAACAGUUGCUGGACGAGAAGAAGGCUCGGUUUGCCGCUGAUCAAGAGAAGAAGAGGAUUGAGAAUGAACUCGAGGCCCUUACUACCGCACUCUUCCAGGAGGCCAACACGAUGGUCGCAGCAGCAAGAAAAGAAACGGAAGCCUCUGAGCGAAGAGUCGAGCAAUACAAGACUCAGCUGAAAGAUGCGGAGCUUCUUCUUGCUUCACAUCAAGAACAGCUUCGGGACCUCAAGGACGUCAUGGCGGCCAUGACCGCGGAAAACGACGAUAAAGAGACGACCGCCACGUCGAACACGCACAACUCCACAGCACCGUCAACACCAGCCGCCGUCCCCGCCGAUCGAUCAAGCCGUGCUUCUGACAGAGCAAGCCUUACCCCGAACACACCGCAUGAUGAAGACGUUGAGCCUGCUCACCCGUUGCAUUUUACUCACCUUAUCAGCCCUGUUUUGCGUAUCGACGUCGAAGCAUACAACGAUUUCCAGGAUUUGUUGAAGACCGCCAAGACACAUUGUUCAGCGCCAAAUUCGCGCGUCACCAGUGGAAACUACGGCGGACUGAACGUUAUGGGUCUCGGAUCGAUCGCAAACAUUUCGACUGCCAGUCUUAGCCUACAGCCCACAAACAGCUCCGAAGCUUCACUGCCGAAAUCGGUCAAUUCGGUCAACAAAGAAACCGGUGUCAUCCUUCCUGCCCUCAAGGAGAUCAAAUUCUACAAGCGGGCCCUAACGGAGGACAUCGAACCCACUCUUCGCUUGGACAUCGCCCCUGGUCUUUCUUGGCUGGCUCGCCGGACCGUUCUCAACAGCAUGACCGCCGGAUCGUUGACCAUUGAACCGCAACCUCCGUACGCCAGAUACCGCGGCCCUGUCUUUGCAUGCAGUCUUUGUGGUGAAAACCGCGUGUCAAAGGUCAUGAACAAGGACGGAACCGAUCCUUAUGCACGGAAGCAUAGAUUCAGAACCUCUGACGAAAAAGACGCCCAAAGGUACCCGCUGUGCGACUUUUGUCUCAAUCGCGUUCGGAGCUGCUGUGACUACAUCAGCUUUCUGCGUCUGUGUCGGGAUGGGCACUGGCGCGCCGAGAACGGAGAUGAAGAGAAAUCGGCGUGGGAAGAGAGUGUCCGACUUCGCGAGCGCAUGUUCUGGGCUCGUAUCGGAGGCGGAGUAAUACCCGCUUACAUCCACUCGAACAACAGCCCGAGAGGUGCGAUGUCAGAGAAACGACGCAGCGCGGCGGCCGACCCAAGGAAAAGCGUUGAAAGCGACCUGAAACUCAACCAAGAUGAGAAGGGCACAGUUGGCUCCAUCACGGACACGGAGAACAACACGAUUCAGGAAGCAGAGGGAGAAGAGCAAGAGAGCCUGGAUUCUGUGGAGCAGCAGAAGAGCAUCGACACCGGGAGGACGGUGGUGACGAUAACGGACGGCGAAGCUCAUCUGGAGCAGAAGCAAGACUCUGCUGUUGGCCUCGAUUCAGAAGACGAGCGCAGAAUUGAGGCAGAAGCUACGAAGCAACUACACAGCGAAAUGCGGAAGUCACUCGAGGAGCAUGAGGAGCACAAGAGCGAGACGGAAGCUGACAAGGACGCUGAUGAGAAGCGCGCGGAACCCGAGACGCAACCAGCCGAAGCCCCGGAGCCCGAGUCGGAGAAGACGGCAACACCAGAAGUGAAGGCCGACGACGAUGACGAAAAGAGAGUGGUUGCCGCCGAGGAACCCAGCCCGCGGGCUUCGCUGAUGCCAGGCAGCUUUGAGUGA